AUGAUCAAACACGUGAAAGAGGACCGAGGCAGAAACCACACAGAAGUGACAGAAUUCAUCCUCUUAGGACUUUCCGACAACCCGGAUCUCCAAGCCGUCCUCUUUGCACUGUUUCUGUCCAUCUACGCUGCAACCAUGGUGGGCAACUUGGGGAUGGUUGUGCUGAUUAAGCUGGAUCCCUGCCUCCACACGCCCAUGUACUUCUUCCUCAGCAGCCUCUCCUUUGUGGACGCCUCCUACUCUUCCUCUGUCACCCCCAAGAUGCUGGUGAACCUCAUGGCUGAGAGUAAGGCCAUUUCUUUUAGUGGAUGUGCUGCGCAGUUCUACUUCUUUGGCUCCUUCCUGGGAACGGAGUGCUUCCUGUUGGCGAUGAUGGCCUAUGACCGCUAUGCUGCCAUUUGGAGCCCUCUGCUGUACCCAGUAACCAUGUCUGAGAGAAUCUGUUUCAUGUUAGUAGCUACGUCCUUCUUAGCAGGGUUUGGAAACGCAGCUGUGCACACAGGAAUGACUUUCAGGUUGUCCUUCUGCAGUUCGAAUAGGGUCAACCAUUUCUACUGUGACACCCCACCACUGCUCAAACUCUCCUGCUCUGACACCCACAUCAAUGGCAUUGUGAUCAUGGCUUUCUCCAGUUUUACUGUCAUCAGCUGUGUCAUGAUUGUCCUUAUUUCCUAUCUGUGUAUCCUCAUUGCAAUAUUGAGAAUGCCUUCAACAGAGGGAAGGCACAAAGCCUUCUCCACCUGUGCCUCUCACCUCACUGCUGUCACCAUUUUCUUUGGGACAAUUCUGUUCAUGUACUUGCGACCUACAUCCAGCUACUCCAUGGAGCAGGACAAGGUUGUGUCUGUGUUUUAUACAGUAGUGAUCCCCAUGCUAAAUCCUUUCAUCUACAGUUUGAAAAAUAAGGAUGUGAAGGAGGCCCUGAAGAAGGUCUUAAAGAAAUACCUGUUCUAA